UCCAUCUCGAGUCGUUCUGCAAAGCAAACCACUUCUUCAAACAAGACCAAUCUCCACUCCGAAUCUUCCGCUCACACUUGAUCAAUUCCUCUACCUACUUCUACCUAUUUAUCUACCUACCUUCCAACCGACCUACAUACUAAAUUCUCUUCCAAAACACCUUCAACAUGCCUUCCGUAGAUAUCAAGCAGGUCGUCGACACCAAGCCUCUGAGCUUCACCAUCAAGACCGGAAAUGGUCAUUGGAAGUGCCAGAUCCACAGCGACAGAGCCGCAUAUGAGCGCUCGCGAGUUAAGGCACCAGGUCUCGCCCGUACCGACUCCGGCUUCUCAUCAACCACAACCGUCUCGUCGACGAGCUCGAGCUCCGCCGCGAGUACAUCGUCGUCGCAUUAGACGACCGUUCCUACAUGCCCACAUGCAACAUUGGCCCAAUUGAAGAGCGGACAACAAUAAUUCCCCU